AUUGAACCUAUUUUCACCAAAAGAACGUCAAGACGCAUACAUGGGGAGCUGUACAAGUUUAUCGACUCUUCGGAUGUUAUCCUGCACAUACUUGAUGCUCAAGACUUCCUUGGCACUAUGUACGAAUCUCUGCUCGAGUACAUGAAAAAAGAGAAAGCGCACAAACAUGUUCAAACUUGUCGUCAACAAGUAAGUUUGUACCCAAUUGAGUCGCAGCAAGUCCCUAGUGACUUUGUGUACGUCUCCCUGCUGAAUGUGCCACAGGCAAAGUAUAUUCAACGUCCAACACUUCAAUACCCUACGAUUGCCUUUCACGCACCACCCAAUCACUUGUUCGGCAAGGACUCUUUGAUUCAACUCCUUCGCCAAUUCUCCCAGCUUCAUUCAGAUCAGAAACAAAUUUCCGUUGGAUUUGUUGGAUACCCAGACGUAGGCAAGAGCAGCGUUAUCAAUGUGCUGAAGAGCAGUAAGGUCUGCCGCAUUGCUCCUGUACCAAGAGAACCAAGGUACGCGCCAAGAAUGACUGUUAACCCUCCUAACCUAACUUAA